AUGACGCACUCAGCAGUCAAAGAUGUCAAUGGGCUGGAGAACCCCAGUUUUAUGGUUGAAGAUGGAGACCAAUACAGUGCCUUGUCUGAACUCGAUGCUGAGGGCCUAAAGGAAAAGAAGAAAGACCAGGGCAAGAACUGCAGUACACUAGUGUACUCUGUCACUGACAUUCCACCAUGGUACCUCUGCAUCCUGCUAGGGAUUCAGCACUACCUGACAGCUCUGGGUGGUCUUGUAGCCAUCCCUCUGAUCCUGUCCAAAGAGCUUUGCCUGCAGCACGACCCCCUGACCCAGGGUCACCUGAUCAGCACCAUCUUCUUUGUCUCAGGAAUUUGUACCCUCCUUCAAGUCCUCUUUGGAGUCAGGUUGCCCAUUCUCCAAGGAGGGACUUUUGCGUUCUUGACUCCGACCCUUGCCAUGCUCUCCCUCCCUAACUGGAGAUGCCCUGCGUGGACGCAGAAUGCCAGCCAGGUGAAUGCUACUUCCCCGGAGUUCAUCGAAGUCUGGCAGUCGAGGAUGCGAGAGCUGCAGGGAGCCAUCAUGGUCGCUUCCUGUUUCCAAAUCUUUGUUGGAUUUUCUGGCCUGAUUGGAUUUCUGUUGCGAUUCAUCGGUCCUUUGACCAUCGCCCCAACCAUAACCUUGGUUGCACUGCCUCUCUUCAACUCUGCAGGAGAUGAGGCUGGCUCACACUGGGGCAUAUCAGCCAUGACCAUUUUCUUCAUAGUUCUGUUCUCUCAGUACCUGAAAAAUGUGCCUGUGCCACUGCCAUCUUACCAAGGAUCCAGGAAGUGCCACUUCUCUAAGGUCUACCUCUUCCAGAUCUUCCCCGUUCUUCUUGGCCUCGCCAUUACUUGGCUGAUAUGUUUUGCACUCACUGUUUCCAAUGCCUUCCCCUCCGACUCUGCAGUUUAUGGCUAUGUGGCUCGGACUGACAUCAAAGGAGAUGUUCUGUCCCAAGCACCCUGGUUCCGGUUCCCGUACCCAGGCCAAUGGGGAGUUCCAACAAUCAGUUUGGCUGGGAUAUUUGGCAUCAUAGCUGGAGUGAUUUCCUCUAUGGUGGAGUCGGUAGGCGAUUACUAUGCCUGUGCCCGACUGUCUGGUGCCCCGCCCCCUCCGAAGCAUGCUAUCAACCGUGGAAUUGGAGUUGAGGGAAUUGGCUGUCUUCUGGCUGGGGCGUGGGGAACAGGGAAUGGCACCACUUCUUACAGUGAGAACGUUGGAGCGCUGGGAAUCACCCGGGUAGGAAGUAGAAUAGUGAUCGUUGCUGGUGGCUGCGUGUUGCUUGUGAUAGGCAUGUUUGGGAAGAUCGGCGCUGUGUUUGCCAGCAUACCAACACCCCUGAUUGGAGGACUGCUCCUUGUGAUGUUUGGAAUCAUCACUGCUGUGGGAGUUUCCAAUUUGCAGUAUGUGGACAUGAACUCCUCAAGAAACCUGUUUAUCUUUGGAUUUUCUAUAUAUGCGGGUCUGGCAAUUCCCAACUGGGUAAACAAAAAUUCUCAAGUGCUAGAAACAGGAAUUCUCCAGCUAGACCAAGUGAUCCGAGUGCUCCUCACCACUGGCAUGUUUGUGGGUGGAUUCCUGGCAUUUAUCCUUGAUAACACGAUUCCAGGAAGCCAGGAAGAGCGAGGACUCUUAGCAUGGAAAGAGACCUGCCAGGAGGAGUGUGACGAGGCGCGCGUUUUGGAAGUCUACGGUCUUCCAUUUGGGAUAGGCACCAAGUUCUGCACCUCUUCUUGGGUUCAGUACCUCCCAACUUGCCCCAAAAGGCUAUCUGGAUCCAAGAGAAAGGAAGAACCAGAGAGCCUCAAACAGGAAAACAGUUUCAAAAUAAGCUCAGAAAGAGAAUCAGAGAUAGACAUUGAUACAAGGAUAUAA